AUGGAUAUCGACGAGGACGAUGAUCUCUACGUGCCUGAGGAGCCCAAGGCCCAGGGCGCAACCCCAGACGACAAGCCCAAGGCAGAUGAUCUUGAAGAAGGCGAAGAGGAAGAUGAGGGUGCGGCCAUGGACGAGGAUGAUGACGACUCAGAUAUUGAUAUCAUCACCGAACGAAAAGAUGGCUCCAAACCAGCUCCUCCCUCUCAAUCCAAAUAUAGCGAUAUUCGAAACAUCCCUCAAAGAUCAGCCUCGAAUGACUCGCCGACACAAUCAGCACCUGUCAAGAAGGAAGGCGAGUCACGACAAUCCAGUUCGGUCAACGUUGCUGCACCCAGCGCCGACAAGACUUCUGCGGCUGCCUCAAAAUCCACGAUAGACGUCAACGCGAUUCCUGUUCACGCUGCUUCAGGGAAGCCCAUUACACAAGUCAACAUUGACGAAGAAAACGACAAGCCGUGGCGCAAGCCUGGUACGGACAUUAGCGACUACUUCAACUACGGCUUCGACGAGUUUACGUGGGCACUCUAUGCCGCCAAGCAAGAAGCAGUUCGAGGCGAAUUUGGCGCCGAUGUCUUUGCCCAGAACAAUAAGAAGAUGAUGGACGAGUUCAACAUGAUGAUGAUGGGUGGUAUGGCAAUGCCGGGCGGUGCUGGCGGUGGCAAUUCGGCUGCUGGUAUGCCCGGGAUGGACGGCAUGCCCCCUGAGAUGCAGGCAAUGAUGCAGCAAAUGAUGGCCUCGGGCAUGGAUCCAAGUCAGAUGGAUCCCAGCCAGAUGAACGCCAUGUUUGCCGGUAUGCAAAAUGCUGGUGGUGCUGGAGGACAAGGCAGCCAAGGAGGGCAGGGAGGCAACUUUGGAGGUGGCUUCGGCGGGAACCAGAGCAACUUUGGAUACGAACAGAACAUGUCGGGUGGAGGAGGAGGUGGAGGACGGGGAGGAUUCGGCGGAGGUCGUGGACGUCGUGGAAGGUGGUGA